AUGCCAUCCUUUGCCAGCGACGAGAACGCCCCUAUCUUUUCGUCCAAUUCUGGAGUCAUUCAUCUCACCGACUCCCACUCCGCGCAUUACCCCGUGAAGCAAGGGACGCAGCUGCCUUCUUCGUCCUUUCCCGUCAUCGGCCGUCCCGAGCCCAACAGUUACGACGAGUUCGAUAACUCGUCGUCCCAUUCCUCGGAUACUUCUGGUCCUAGAUCGCGCGUGAAUGGGGUCUCGGCAUCAAACACGACUAUGACGCCCCUGCCGAACGGAGGCAGGUCGACAAACGGGUCGCUCCAUGGCGUCAACUCUCGCCCCGACAGCACCUCGGAAUCCAUCAACAACAACUCUGCUGCAGCCGACGUGAAAAGAGCACACAAUGGCUACAACGGAAGGACAUUGGCUGCCGCCGAGAGGUCUUCUUCUGAUUCCCGGCCCAUGAUGAACGGCAGGACCUCGACGUCCUCGUCCUCGCCGACAGUGCACGGACACCAAUCAACGCAGUACUUCAACAUGCAUGAUGGCCUGUCGAAGCGGCCUUCGAUUGAGUCAUCGGGACGGGCAUCACUGCAGCAGAACUUCAUGGAUGGUGCGCCCUCAAGGCCACUGAGCAAUGGUGACAGGACGCCAAGAGUCUCCAAUGACUAUGCGUCUGGGACGUACCAAAACUUUGCUGGUGCUCUACUAACCCCUUCUAUCACAACCACACCCGAACCUUCUCAGCAAAACACAAACUCUCCUCACCGCUUUUCAUCUCCGGCAACUGUUGGCACGCCUUCGGCUUCGGCAUCUGUUCUUGGACCCCCAACACCCCAACUCAAGCAGAGACAUACUUUGGAAGUUCCAAGGGUUCAGCAGGGCCGGGGGUCUCGAGAUAGUGCAGGAGAUGCAUAUGCCAGUGGCCGCUUCUCUCCGACCGUAGCAGGUCCCACUGGUCGCAGGGCGUCUUUGACCCUAGGUCGAAGAAACACUCGCUCAGUACACUCAGAGGUUCCGCGGGAUGAGGUCGCCCUGGAUGAUGAUGCUAUGCGUUGGGCAGAGGCAUACCGGCAGAAGCGAGCAAAGAAAAAGAGAAAGGAGGAUCUGGACGACGAUAAGGUCUUGGUUGGUACCAAGGUCGACGAGAAUCACGCGAACUGGACAACGGCGUAUAACAUGUUAACCGGUAUCCGGGUCUCUGUUUCGCGGACGAAUGCCAAGCUAGACCGCCCCCUCACUGAUGCAGACUUUGAGGCCAAACAGAAGUCGACCUUUGACAUCACUGGAAACGAGUUGGUGCCUUCUGCCAAGUACGACUUCAAGUUUAAGGACUACGCCCCCUGGGUGUUUAGGCAUCUCCGCGCACUUUUUGGAUUGGACCCUGCCGAUUAUCUUAUGUCGCUAACCGGCAAGUAUAUCCUUUCUGAGCUGGGCUCUCCAGGAAAAAGUGGCAGCUUCUUCUACUUCUCUCGAGACUACAAGUACAUCAUCAAGACCAUUCACCACGCCGAGCACAAGUUUUUGCGCAAGAUCUUGAAGGAGUACUACAACCAUGUCGCCGACAACCCCAACACACUUCUCUCUCAAUUUUACGGUCUCCACCGUGUCAAGAUGCCUUGGUCUGGCAAGAAGAUUCAUUUUGUCGUCAUGAACAACCUGUUCCCGCCCCACCGCGACAUCCACCAGACUUUCGACUUGAAGGGCUCCACGGUGGGCCGAGACUACAGAGAGGAAGACCUCGAAAAGAAUCCAAGGGCGACGCUCAAAGAUCUCAACUGGCUCAGGAGAAAGAGACAUCUAGAGAUGGGGCUGCACAAGAAGCAAUUGUUCCUCCAGCAACUAGAGCGUGACGUUCGCCUUAUGCAGAAGUUGCAGAUUAUGGAUUACUCUCUUCUCAUUGGUGUCCAUGACCUCAAGAAGGGCAAUGAGGAAAACCUCCGAGGCAAGACACUGCAGGUUUUCAAUCCCGGCGGUGCCGACAAUGCCGAUGAAGUCGACCCCCACCAGAUUCUCCUGAGAACACCAUCAAAGCUCGAGAGCGCCCGCAAGGCCAGAGAACUCAGGGAAAUGAUCAAAGCUGAAAGGCCAGUCCCAAUGGGGGAGAGCAGUACCCCGAUGCCCGAGGAAUUGGAAGAGGGUUACGGUCGCGGUGGCAUCUUCUACAAUGAUGAUGGCGGCCUGAGGGCAACGCACGAAGACAACACUCCAGGUGAAGAGAUCUAUUACCUGGGAGUGAUUGACUGUCUGACGCACUAUGGCGUGAUCAAGAAGAUAGAGCACUUCUGGAAGGGUCUCUCCAGUGAUCGCAGUCAGAUAUCCGCGCUUCCGCCUCAGGAGUAUGGCGAGCGUUUUAUCAAAUUCAUGGCAGGCGUCACCAUGUCCUCAGAAGAGGCAGAGCGAGAUGCCCUCGAUCGCGAGGCCGCAGCACAAGCUGCCGCAGCCACAGCGGAAGAUGGUGAAGCCGCUCACGGCCGCAGCUCUACGGGCGCUGGUCCAACUCAUCCCUCCUACCUGCCUCCCGCCCCACCUGGCAUGCGAAGCCCUCAGUCUCCAGAGCCCAACCCAACUGUUGAAAAGGCACUGAAGAAGGCAACAAAGAAGGAGAAGCUUGUUGCCAUGGAGGACCAGCUGCCGGAGCGAGUCAUACGAGCCAUUGCUGCUGAGUCGGGCAACAACCAGGGCAAGGGCAACUCACACGCGGUUCUUCCUGUCGUUGAGGAAUCAGCCGAGGCUGCGAGUGUCACUAGCGCAAGAAGUGUGAGGAGCCGGGACGGCAGCGCGAGCGGUACGCGGCCCUUCACGCCCAGUGCGAUGGAAACACCGGGGAGCAUGAGGGCUGACGGUUUCACCAACCUGGGACCCCACGGGAUUGGAGGGCGCGGUCCACCCACGCCCCCUAAGAGCAGCUACCUUGUACCACGAUUCGACGAGCCCAGAAAAGGCAGGGAGAGCGAAGACAGCAUGGGGAUGGGACUACGCAAGGUGAUUAGCAGAGAAAGCUUGGACAAGAGUUUGCCACCGCUGCCUCGAGCCAACUAG